CUAGAGGCCACAGACAACCACAGUUGCAACCAGGACUUGGCUGAGAGAGGACGUGCGAGGCGAGGCUCUCCCAGUACCUGUGGCUGUAUCUUCAAACUGCAUGACGCGAACGGUCGUGAUGGAGGAGCGGCGGCGGCGUGGUGCAGCAGCAGAGUGGCAACGGAAUAGUGGCGUUAGAGGUGGUCUGGGAAGAAUGGUCCCGAUGGCUUUGGUCUUCCUAGCAGUGGCAGUGGUGGCUCCUCAGGUCACUGCCAACGACUACCCUCCACCCUGUGACAGCAAAAUCUACUGUCAUGGGGAGCUGCUGAAGACGGUGCAGAUGGCCAAGCUUCACAAUGACUCCAAGUACUUCGUUGACAUGUCCCUCAAACUCUCAGAAAGGGACACUCUGCUGGACUUCGAGGAGCUAAUGAACAGGACCCAAAGGAACCCCACCAAGGAAGAGAUCCAGACCUUCGUGGAUGAGCACUUCCACAAGCCUGGAGACGAGUUUGAGGACUGGGACCCUUCAGACUGGAGCGAGGAUCCCGAGUUCUUGAAGAAAAUCGUGCACCCGGAACUGAAGGAAUGGGGCAAGAAACUCAACGCCAUGUGGAAGCAACUGGGACGCAAGAUUUCCACAACAGUGAAGGACAAUCCCGAAAAACACUCCCAGAUCUACGUGCCCAAUCCUGUCAUUGUCCCUGGCGGCAGAUUCAGGGAAUUCUACUACUGGGACUCCUACUGGACCAUCGAGGGCUUGCUGCUGUCAGGGAUGAAUCACACAGUGAAGGGCAUGCUGGAGAACUUCUUGAUGAUGGUUAAAACCUACGGCAUGGUACCCAAUGGCGGCCGCAUCUACUACACCCGCAGGAGCCAGCCACCUUACCUCAUCCCCAUGUUCAAGCUCUACAUGGACCACCACUUUGACCAGGAUUUCCUCAGGGAGAACAUUGAAGUGCUGGAGAAGGAAUUCCUAUUCUGGCACAAUGAGCGCCAAAUAGAGAUUCAGGAUAGAAAUGGGAGGCCUCACCUGGUGGCUCAGUAUCGGGUGAACGUAAGCGAUCCAAGACCAGAAUCCUACAGGGAGGAUUACAUGUUAGCACAAGAUCUUGCGACUGAGGAAGAAAAGCAACGAUUGUAUGUGGAACUGAAGUCUGGUGCCGAGAGUGGCUGGGAUUACUCUACCCGGUGGUUCGUCAACAAUGAAACAAAUAAUGGCACAAUGAAGGACACCAAUGUGACCUCAAUUGUACCAGUGGACCUGAACAGCCUACUAUGUGUGAAUGCUCGAACCCUCAGCUACUUCUACAAUCGCCUUGGAAUGCACACCAAGGAACGAGAGUAUGCUCGCAUUGCUAAGGAAAAGAAUGACACCAUGAGCAAGAUAUUCUGGGAUCAGAUUGAUGGAGUGUGGUACGACUAUGAUUUAAAUGCCAAGAGCAGGAGGAGGUACUUCUACAUGUCCAAUCUUCACCCAAUAUGGAGUGGGUGCUAUGGUCCAGAGAGGUCUCGAGCCAGGACUAUGGAGAAGCUCAUAAAGUAUCUUGAAAACAAGGGCGUUUUUAAAUAUGUUGGCGGGAUGCCCACAUCUCUAGAGGACAGUGGCCAGCAGUGGGACUUCCCAAAUGCAUGGGCACCACUGCAGCACCUGGCAAUUAUGGGACUGUAUGAGGCACGCAACAUCCACCAUGCUGCUGAAGAACUGUCGUUUGAACUGGCUAAGAAAUGGAUUAGGACCAACUGGAAAGGAUAUCAAGAGCUAGAAGCCAUGUUUGAGAAGUACAAUGUGACAGUUGUGGGUAAGGCUGGAGGCGGAGGUGAAUAUGAAGUCCAGCCAGGCUUUGGUUGGAGUAAUGGUGUGGCAAUGCGUCUUCUGGAACUAUUUGGGGAUCGCCUCACUCCCACUGAGGGCAACUCUGCUGCCUCACCAACCCUGUCCUUAACACUGGGUCUCCUGAUGGGUUUACUCUCCCUUGGAGUUCGAUCUCACUUCUUUUAGCUCACUUUAAAUGUUAAUGUUGGUGGUCCAUUUUAUACCAUUCAGACAGCUGAGGAACUUUUCACAUGUUACUAAAUGUGAAUAGUGCUGUUGAUGUUCUGUAGGUAAGUGUGGUGGGACGGGUCAACAUGCUGCCUCUGUUACUCAUGAUUGUUGUGCAUGUGUUACAUGAUAGAUGGAUUAGGAAGAGUUUUUUUCAAAAUUCUUCAAUAGUGUGCAUAGUGGAGACGUCUUUUCUGUCAUAACUGUGUUUGUGGGUAAUUGUCCUAAUAUAAUGUAAAUAUUUUAUAUUAUCAGAUUGUAAAGAAAUCGUCAAUUCUUAUUUCAAAAGGUUGUUGAGUAACGUGUGUGCAUUCUUGCAUCUCCAUACAAUCUCACACAAGCUAAACUUUUCUGGGUGGGGCACUUACAUCUAAUGUAGUUUUCUUUGGUUUUGUGCAAGAACUGAUAAACAAAAUAUAUAACAGAAAUGCAAGUCUGUCUCAAGGACAGUCUAUCAUUUCCAAAACACUGAAUAAAGCUACAGCAAAGUGAGAAUGCACAUGUCCUUGUAGAUUUCUUAUGUUUAUUCUAGAUAUCAAUUUUAUCUGUUCGAAACUACCCACAACUAGUCAGUAAUAAUAUAUGAAAGGUGUGUCUGUAUGCUUUGAAAGAAAUCCAAUAGAGGGAGGCUACAGGAGAUGCUGUGUUCUUGUGUACACUACAAGUGUUAUACAGUGUGACCUAAAAAGGAAAAAUGAAUCAUUAAACUUAAUUAAUGAAUUAAAGGAUUAUAAAUUUCAAGUUAAAAAGAAAUUAGGGAUUGUGAAUUGUAAAGUACAAUAUAAAAAGACUCUUGGAGUGAUAUCAUGUCAAGGUUAUCAAUCAACAAGGUAAUGCACUCUUCAGCCUCAUCUAAACAGGAAUACAGGCAAAGUUUACUUAUUCAUUUUACUGAAAUGAGACAGCUUCCCUAACCAACCCUCUAGCAUUCUUCAUAAAUCACAAUGUGAAAAUCCCAGGUUUAAUCUUUGACUGCUAGGUCCAGACUAUAAGAAUAUGGUGAUGUGGAUGUUGUGGGCCAGUUAUAGAGCAGCACAAGGCCUGUGUUAAUGUGGGUGCUCCAGACCAGGCUUGUAAAUGCAUUUUUUGGCACUGGAGGGAGGUGAGAGGGCAUGAAAAUGUUAGUUUGAAAGUAGUCAUUCUAAAUAACACUUUCUUUAUUAGGUUGGAAUGUAAAUAUUUUUUCACACUUGGUUGAUACACUAUAAAAAAAAAUUUUAUUCAUUUAUUUAUUUUUAUUAUUAUUUUUUUUUAUUUUUAUUUAUUUUUUUUUUUUUCUCUCUCCAUUUAAACAGUCCUAUUUUAAACAUGGUAUUCUGUAAGAAUACCAAGUCCUUUGGACUAGUUUUCUUUUAAGAUUGGACUUACUUUCUCUUGUCCAAACAGAUUUAUGAUAAUGAGUAUUGUAUAUCUUUUGUUUAUAUACUAUAUACUUUUAUGUAAGGCGUGCAAAGUUGUUUUGAUCUCUGGAUGUGAUGCUAAUUUGUUGAAAAAUGUAGGAAAUUCUUUAGAGGAUGAUCCAUGUGCACAGCAUCUGCUUUGGUAUGUUAAGGUUAGACAGGCUCUUACCUGUGAGAUAGUGGACAAGUCAUUACUUCAUUAAGAAAUGAAGCCUCAUUUUGGCUUUCAUGUGUGGCAUGGGAUGUAUCUAGUCAAUUUGUUUUGAUUAUUUCAUUCACCUUAGUUUAGUAUUGAUGUUGACAACUUAUCAGCCACAAAGCUGCUUUAUCCAAAUGUGUUACUGUAACAUUUAUUUUGUAUGUUUGGUACACAAUAUAUUACCAAACAGCCAUUGUAACAUGGACAUAGAAGAUUCAUUAUUAACAUCUCAUGCCCUCACAGGACCUCAAUCAAAUAUACACAAAGGGGUGACAUUAUUUAGCUUCUCUUGUGAUAGUUGCUUAAGUUAACUCACUCACAAGCCUCAAGGACUAAGAUUGAGGCAUGGUGAGUGAUUUACCAAAGACCAUUUGAUAGGGAAGAGGCUUUUCUUUCAUAUCACAAUUCAACCUGUCAUUCACCAAAUAUUUUCUUUAAACCAGGUGGUGUUUCAAAGAAUAAUGAGUUAGAAAAAAAAAACUAAUUUGAAACUUUAAUAUUAUUUUCAGUAUUACUUUCUGUUUUAUGAAAGCUAUACUUGAGAAUGUGUUGUGUUAUCAAUCUUUUAAACGAAUUAAUCUGUAACUCGGUAACAUCACUUCAGUCUAAAGGUCAACCCACAUCAGUCCUGUUCAAAAUAUGGAUAUUUGUAAUUCAGACAAAUGUACAAUUUCAAUUUCCUCUGAUUCCUUGUGUCCUCUCCCAUUUGUUGUAAUAUUUUGUAGUCCAAGGAACUGGAAUCCCUGGAAUAAAUGCAAUUAGUAGCAUUCAUAAUACUAUGAUGCACUUGAUAAACCACUCUGCAUAUUUCCUGGUUACUAGAAAAGAUGAAAAUAAUUGUGUAGGCCUCACCUUGGAAUCUUGAAUAUUUCCUAAAACAGACCACAACAGUAGUCAGAGUAUAUAAAUUUUUCCUAGUGUGUUUUGGAUUGCACUGUUUUGUAUUACUGAGAUGGCGUUUAUCUUAACAUUGAAGUUAUUGUGAUAUUUUAGUGGAAGUUACAUUUUUAAGCUUUUAAGACAGUAGAGAGGCUCUGGAAUGGAGAAAUGGCAAGUUUAAUUUUGCUACUUGUAUCACCAACACUAAAUUGGAAAACUUUACGCCCUCAAUAAAGUAAUAAUUUUUUUGUAAUUCGGUAAUUUUGUAUUUCAAUCAACACCUCUUAAUGUAGUAAUAAUAAUCUGAAUAAUUAAGAUGAGCAAACUGAUUAUAAACAAUAAACUUGCACAAUUCUAUUUACAACUCUCCAUGAGUCUGGCUGUGUUAGUUUCCUGUACAUUAUAUGCUAACUUUAUAUAGUCUUGUGGUCGUGGCAUCACUGGGACAGCAGCAGGGUAACAUCCUCUCUGAUUCUUGAAGUUAUGACUAACUAGAAGACUUACUGCAGAAACUUUAGUUAUGAUCGCUUUCUUAAAAAUUAGUUACAUAUUCUUUUAUUCUAAUAAAUGUGGAUUCUUUUAUUCUAAUAAAUGUGGACUGUAAAAUCUUUAUCUUUAUCAUAUAAGAUAAAGUUUAUAAAUGCAUAGUUCAUCAAUACUUCUGAAUACUACAAGCUAAAUUAAUGUAUACUUUUUCACUUAUAGCCAGACUUUUUUUCUUGCAUCAUAUAAAAAGUAUUAAGAAGGAUACUUGCUGCUGCCUCAGAGAGUUGACAUUAUUUGUUAUAUUAUAGUGCAUAUAUCAUAUUAAUGUCAACUCUUGUUGUAUCAUUAUGUACUAUUGCUGUGUGUACACUGGGAGAAUGUUAGAAUAAAAUAAAUCAUUUUCUGGA